CUUCUGGCUUCUGGGCUGAAAAAGAGCGUCGGUGCCGGCGUUCGCUAUGAAUCCUCGCUGGUGUCUGCAGCACGGCGUUGCUGAGGACCGGCUACUACUACUGGUGGUUUCCUUGCAGAUAUACUGCUAUUCUUGAGCAUCAUCCCAUUGAGAACUCCAGGGCAGUUCAUCCACCAGCAUGUCCAAGCACAGACUUAUUAUACUAAGACAUGGAGAGGGUCAGUGGAAUAAGGAGAACCGAUUCUGUAGUUGGGUGGACCAGAAACUUAACAGUGAUGGACUGGAGGAGGCUCGGAACUGUGGCAGGCAACUCAAAGCUCUCAACUUCGAGUUUGAUCUUGUCUUCACGUCCGUCCUUAACAGGUCCAUUCACACAGCCUGGCUCAUCCUGGAAGAGCUGGGGCAGGAAUGGGUGCCUCUGGAGAGCUCUUGGCGUCUGAAUGAGCGUCACUAUGGAGCCUUGAUUGGUCUCAACAGGGAGAAAAUGGCUUUGAAUCAUGGUGAAGAGCAGGUAAGGCUCUGGAGAAGAAGCUACAACGUGACCCCACCUCCUAUUGAGGAGUCUCAUCCCUACUUCCAUGAGAUCUACAGUGACCGGAGGUACAAAAUGUGCGAUGUGCCCUUGGAUCAACUGCCACGUUCAGAAAGCUUGAAGGAUGUUCUGGAAAGACUUCUUCCCUACUGGAAGGAAAGGAUUGCUCCAGAAAUAUUGAAGGGCAAAAGGAUUCUGAUAUCUGCUCAUGGGAAUAGCAGUAGAGCCCUCCUGAAACAUCUGGAAGGUAUCUCAGACGAGGAUAUCAUCAAAGUCACUCUGCCCACUGGAGUUCCCAUUCUGGUGGAGUUGGAUGAGAACCUGCGUGCCAUUGGGACCCACCAGUUCCUGGGCAACCAGGAGGCCAUCCAGGCAGCCAUUAAGAAAGUGGAUGAUCAAGGGAAAGUGAGACAAGGCAGAGAAUAAAGUGUGGCCAGGAACGAGUGGGGUGGCGUGCGGUGGCGUGUGGUGGCGUGGGUGGGUCCCUGCGGCCUUCUCCCCUCCCCCGACUGGCCUGCUUUCCCUAAGGCUGUGGUAGAGUUUGUGUAGAUAACUAGGUAAUUUAUCAUGAUAUUUACUGUUUUUGAGAGUUGACUGAAAUAUAUGUGAGCAGAAGGGAUAUUUGUGGGGGUGAAUUUACCUAAGCGUAAUGUUAACAGCGGCGAUGCUCCAGCCUCACGACCAGCAGCGAAGCAGUCGGCUCUGCCUUGGUGGCGCGGAGCUGGGAUUUCUGGAACUGGGUCUGACCUGCAUCCUGCUCUCGGUCUCUUUCUGAAACUGGGACAGACAUGAGCAAGGUUUUCUUCUGAAGCUUAGGAAGACAGCCUCUCUGUAAGUGUCCCUGGAGUAAGCCACUUGGCUUGUGGGCUCCCUGGGGCCAGCUUGGCAGGUCCCCUCUGCUCUGUUCAGUGUGGUAAGAUGGGGGAAGCCAGAGCAGCAGCGCCUUCGGGAUGUUAGCUGAGUCGAGCGACCCCAUGACCUGACAGACAUGUCUCUUCAGAGGAGUUCUGUUCCAGAAAAUGUUUUUACACCAAGAGUAAUGUUGCCACCGAGAUAACGACGUACUCUCAGCUAGGAUGCUUUCUAGUGUGUUUUGCCUCAGCAACAAUGUGCAAAAAAAAAAAAAAAAAAAAAAAAAAAAAAAAAAACCCAUAAAACAAAAAACAACAACAAAAAACCCCUGCAUGAUCUGUUGCCAAGGUGAUUCUUGCCUCCAGUCGGUGGGUGAGCUGUUUCUCACCUUAGACUCUUGCCCACUCUUAGUGAAAUGUAGUAUCUUCCCGUUGGCCCCGUGGUUUAUUCUAGCAGAGGUUUCGGAUCCAGCAUCCAUCCACCUUCCCCAUAGACACUUGGUACCCUGCAGUUGUAGUUCUUUAUUUUCUUAGUUCCUUUCUAACUUUGACAAAAUGAACCAGAGGAAAGCAGCCUUACAAGACAGAAGACUUCUCAUCCACACCGUCAGUUUUAGCCAUUUUUAUCCUGUGGUGACACGUAAGAAUCUUCACAAAGUUCAGCUCCCCAUAGGGAAAAAGCUUUCCUCCCCUCCAAAUCACCCCACCAUUUCUUUAACAGAGCAGGCUGCGGACCUGGCUUGCUCGCUGGGACACAUCUUUGCCGCUGAUUGAUGUGUUUCUUUUGAUGGAUGGCUUCUGCGGAAGCUUGGUCAUAUUUUCUGAUUUUAUCUUUUGUAUGACUGGCUUGUUACAAAUUUUGGGUUCACUCAUUUAAUGCAUUUGUUGCAAUAAACUGCCUUGUCUCCGAGGAGAUCUAAUAGUGGCCCCUGAAUCCAAGGCAAAUAUGGAACUUAAGAAAAAGAUGAGUUUAAUUAUCCAAUCUUUAAUGGCAAAUUAUUUGACAGAAUUAAAAGUUGAACUGAAGUGCUUCUAUAACUGAUAGUUGUGUUUAUUCAGGAGUGCUGUGGUUGAAUAAAACUUAACCCCCGA